AGUUCCAGCACCAGAACACAAAACCAAAACCAUGGCAACACUUCACUUUCCAACAACCCCUUCCUUCACUCUCACCACUCCAAGAAAGCAGGUCAGCCUCCCUGCAAUCCGGCAGAGCAGCCGGUUGCCCCAUACGACCCCAGGCCGUCGCCUAACCUGCAUUCCCCGGGCUUACAAAGUGUUAGUUGAACAUGAGGGUAACACAACUGAGCUAGAGGUUGAACCUGAUGAGAGCAUUCUUUCCAAGGCAUUGGACUCUGGCUUGUCUGUGCCACAUGACUGCAAACUAGGGGUGUGCAUGACCUGCCCAGCAAAGCUUCUCAGCGGAAAAGUGGAUCAGAGCGAAGGAAUGCUUAGUGAUGAUGUUGUGGAGAGCGGGUACGCUUUACUCUGUGCAGCUUAUCCAAGAUCAGAUUGCCAUAUUAGGAUCAUACCUGAAGAAGAGCUGCUCUCACUGCAGCUAGCAACUGCCAAUGACUAAACACUAUCCCAUUUUUGUGCAUUGAGAAGAUAAUGUAACACAUUUAUAUGUAUUGACGAAGGCUUUGAAUCAAAAACAUGUGUUGCUUACUGCUA